AUGAUCUCAAAAAUUUUUGAAAUUGUUCAUAAACAUCAAAAGUUUAUUUCAGGUGUUUGUAUUUCAAAGACACAUACUAAAACAGCAAUGUGUCAAGUAAAGAGAUUAUAUUUUGAUAAAGGAAAAUAUUCAGCUUUAAAUUAUAAAACUACCAAAUAUAUGAUUCACGAUCCAAAUGAUAUUUGUGCAGUUGGUGAUCAAGUUCACUUUAGAGAAUGUGCACCAGUUUCAAAGAGAAAAGCACACGUAGUCGAAAAAAUUGUUAAAAAGAAUCCAAUCACUGAAUUCCUUAGACAAAACCCACAAUAUAUUGUUACACCAAAAGAAAUCGCUGAAAGAAAAGAAAAUGAUAAAAUUAAAUAUAAACAUAUCACAGAUUUAUAA